CUCAGGAAAGAUUUCUUAUUGUUUUAUUACGUUUCUCUAGAAUGUACGUGUUGGCGAAGUGGGCAGGACAUUCGGCGAUUAAUGAGUUACAGGUGUACCGUUGGUAGCUUCACCUUGCCAGGGACGAUGGUGCUGCUCACUUUCUAUUGGCUGUUCGCUGCACCUACUGUACCGAAGAGCAAGACAGCUGGAGCGGCACAUGCACUCGCUCAUGAGCGCUUGCAAACGGUGCGCUGAAGGGAAUUUCUGUGUACAGCGCAGGGAAACAUCGAGGCAACGUCAGAAGCGCUUUGAAAAGUAGUGGCAGAGGUCAUCAUGGAGGCCGGCACUGCUGAACCAGAGGGAAGCAGUGAAGACAUUGCAGGGAAGAAGAAGUCCAAGCUGAAGGUUCUCAGGACGCGCCUUUUCGGGAGGAUGAAGAGGAAGGAGACGGUUGGGCUGAUGAAGCAGAGCCAGUCGACCAGUGAUGUCACCGCUGAGGAGGCUGAGGAGGCAGUGGGAGACUCCACAGAAGAGUUUCUGUAUUCGCCCGCCAUGCUGGGAUCUCGAGCGAUGUCGCACGACAGCAUCUUCUUCGCUGAGGAAGGCCAGGCCGCAGUGGAGCCGGUGCGGAUUCUGUCCCAGGAGAACGUGCAAGGAAAGAUCAAAGCCCUGCAGAUGAAGCUGCAGCAGCAGAAUCUGCGUCUGGGCCCGCCUCCCCUGUUGAUCACUGGGAAGCGUGCGGAGGACACGGGGGUCAGCUCUGAAGAUGACGGGCUACCCCACAGCCCCCCCGAAACCUCCUUCUCCUUGCCCGAGGUCCUGGCCCGGGGUACCCCACAGUUCCCCGACACUCUCAGAAACCAUAGCUCUUUGAGUUUAGCGGGAACAGGAAGUGAAGAGGACGAGCAGGAUUGCCCCCAGCCUCCGUCCCACCCCCACUCCCCACAAGCUAAGUCCACCCCCCCCACACCUGCCUCCCCGCCCGGCGUGGACUUCGACAGCCCCGCCCGCUUCACGCCCUGCCUGGACACCUCGGCAGCCCGGCAUCGCAUGUCCGUCAAGCCCAGGAACCAAAGAGCCAGCGCCAAGGGCCGGAGGCUGCCCUCGGACCGGCCACGUUCUGAAAGCCUGAAUGACCUGGACCAUCCUGUGCCAGAGAGAGACGAAGAGGAUACCGAGGUGGCGAAAGACGCGGUCCGCCUCCGUUCGUACUCCACCCAGGUGAUCCGGUCAGGGGAAGGGGGGGUGCGACGGGACCCUGCCGUGGGGAAGCUGCGUCUCUCUGGUUUUGGAGUGGGGCACACAGACACUGAUAGGAGGGACUCUACCUUGGCGGGGCCUCCCAGCGACCCCAGCAAGCUGGAGGGGCAUGUCACCAUGAACCCCCUCUUCCGCCGGCCCAUUCCACGGGGUCCUGAGGCCCCCCGGGUGCCAGAUCUUGGGACUGGGGAAACCCCGCCCAUUUCAGCUGAGUUGGAGACCAAAAACCCCAGUGUCAGCCAACCACAGGGGGGCAGUGACCCAGUGAGAGAGGUCCUGAAUGACUUGGCACGGAGGGACUCUCAGAACAACACGCUGGCGCCCUCCGCCACACCCACCACUGCUCCUGCAGGCAUUUUGCCCAUCUCAGAGAACAACCAAACCAGAGCUCGUAAAAGUAAUGUCCAGGGCGUGACUCAAGAGCCAGUGUGGCCUCCCAGAACACAGUCCCUCCCCACUCCUCCUGCUGCUGCUCUGAAGUCCACGGUCCCAAGGAUGUCCCUGAAAAAGAACACCGCAGAACAAGCCCAGCAGGACUGCCAGCCCCCUCAGUCACCCCAGUCUGUCACAGUGCCGCCUGCUGGCUCGGAGGACCAGCCGCCACCAGAGGGCACUAAGCAGCAGAGGCCUAAUUCUGGCUCAUUCCGGUUCUCAAUCGCGUCGGCCUGGGACCGACCCCGGGGCGGGAGCCUGCAUGGGAAGGAGGACAAGAGGGGGGUGAAGGAGGAGGUCCUGGCCAGUAAGCCGGAGGAGGCCAAACCGCAGCCCCUGAACCCUGCGUCAGCGUUGAAGUCCGAGGGAGGCUUGCCAGCUAAGACCUCGUUCGUCUCCAAGCAAGAGGAGCAGGCGGUGGCAGUUUCAGAGGAGGCUACACCGCAGGACCAGUCCAGAAACGUGGCGGUAUUUCAGGAGAGGACUGACCCUAACCCCAAGGGCAAAGAGAGCAUGGCUCCCAGUGGCCCAGCUUGGGAGUCUGGGGGUGGAGGUGGGGUGCGGCAGGCCGCUAUGGAGAUUGUGGGGAGAGGGGUGGAAGAAAAAAAGGAUUCGAGAGAGACCCAGAGUGGGGGGUUGGAGGAGGAUGAGAGGUCCAUGUUUGGUGUGAAGCUACGCUCCACCUCCCUGUCCACCAAGUACCGCCAACGGGAAGUGCGGAAUCCAGAGCCGAAAUCCCAGGCCCUUAAUGUGGAGGGCUGUGUCCUGGGCCAAUCACGUGACAUCCAGAGUAGUCCCCUGGGCCAAUCACGGGACCCCCGGCGCUGUUCUCUGGACCAAUCACAUGACCCGGAGGGUGGACUUCUUGGCCAAUCAUGUGACACCCAGGCCCUCACCCCCACUAAAUGCCCCGACCCCGUGCAAAUGCCAAACCUGGUGGCUCAAGGCUCACAAUCACUGAGGCAAGAGAAAGAUCUAGAACAUGCCUGCCUCAAGCCCAACCUACAGAGAAAGCGCACAUUUCCAAACUUUGACCCCCCAACAUUUCCCACAGACCCACGUUCCACCCCCUCCAGCUCCACCAAGUCUGACCCCAGAGACAGAGAGAGACCUGGGGACUCAAAGCGGGGCGGGCCGGCCCCCAAGCCAGCGCCAGCCCCGCCCAAGGAGGCGGAGCCUGUGUCGGAGCCGGUGAUGUCAGAGCCGGUGAUGUCAGAGCCGGUGAUGUCAGAGCCGGCCUGGAUGACGGUGGCGAGGGAGAAGACCAGGAGCCUCCAGCAGCUCUUCACCAGCAGACUGCCCCGGAACCUCACCGCGUCCACACCUUCACCUGCUCCUGCUCCCGCGUCCACACCGGCACCAAAACUCACCCCGCAACCCGCAUCCACACCCGCACCAAAACUCACCCUGCAACCCACACCUUCACCUGCACCCACACCCACACCAAAACUCACCUCGCAACCCACACCCACACCAAAACUCACCCUGCAACCCGCACCUUCACCUGCACCCACACCCACACCAAAAUUCACCCCGCAACCCACACCUUCACCUGCACCCACACCCACACCAAAACUCACCCUGCAACCCACACCUUCACCUGCACCCACACCCACACCAAAACUCACCUCGCAACCCGCACCAAAACUCACCCCGCAGCCUGCACCCCAGACCCCCGCUCCUGCCCCUACGCACCAGCCUGCCCCACAGCUCCCCUCUCUGGCCUUCAUCCCAGGGAGGGGUGACAGGGCACCCCAGGGGACAGCAGAGAGGACGGCCGUGCUCCAGGGCAGGUUGGACAGGGGAGCGCUGCCGGAGAAGAAGAAGCAGGAACAGACGGAGGACAGGAGGCAGGAGAGGGCAGACCGGUCCUUCUCUGUGGGGCGCAAGACAGAACCUAAAGCAGCCCCACCGGACACCCAGAGCACAGCAGCUACUGCGCCACACAGAGGAGAAGCCAAGAUGGAGGGUAGAGCAACCUACAAGGCCCACACCUUGGAAGCAGCUCCCAGCAGCGCUCCUGUCCAGAGCCGACAGAGAGAGGACAGGCAGCCAAGCAGGCCUGAGGUCGCAUCAUCAGCCCCCGCCCUGUCCCGCGGGGGGCAGCCAUCUUGGAUGGAACUGGCCAAGAGGAAGUCCCUCGCCUGGAGCGAUAAAACCAUGGACUGAGAGAGAGAGAGAGAGAGAGAGAGA